AUGGUUCUGGGAUCCAGCAUCAUGUCGUUGCUGAGGUUCCUGUCCUUCCUGGCGUGGUUCUUCUACGCCCUCAGUGCUGUCUCAGUCAUUGUCCUCAGGUUCACGAGGGAGAGGGACCCACACAGAAUCAAGAUUCCAAUGGUAAACCAUGUGCUGUUCCUGCUUGUGUCGGUGUUCCUGGUGAUGACGCCCAUCAUCGACUAUCCCCGGAUCGAGUUCCUGUAUGCUGUAGUGUUCUGUGUAGGGGGACUUGUCUUCUACAUACCUUUUGUACACUACAAGUUGAAGCCGCGUUUCCUAGACACAUUCGAGAUGUAUAUGCAGAUGUUCCUAGAAGUUGUACCAAGUCCUCCAGAGGAGAGUUAA